GGUUUAAGUUAAAUGUAUUGAAGGGGACAUAGAUUAGGAGAAUUGCCUCUAUUGAAAAUAUUACUGGAGUAAUUGCCUCCCCGUUUUAAGGUUAGAUGGAGUAACCUCAACCUAAAACAUAGAUGGAUCCUCUUAUUUUCAAUGUGUUUGGAGAAACCUCUAACUUUAACUUAAGUUAGAAGGAGAAUGCCUCUAUGCCCAGCUGUAUGGAACUGCCUUAGCACCUUCAGAAUUACACCUUAUUCCCUAUGUGAAUAUAAUUCAUUCUAAAUAAAUAUAAUAAUAAUUUUAUAAAUUAUGAUCAGCAUCAGAAUAGUAUUGGUAACUUAUAAAUUGGAGUCAGAUUAGAAUUUAACCGCAGAGGUCAAAGAAACAAAUUAAAUAAAUGGAAUUAUUCUUCUAGAAGCGCUACGGAAGGAAAGAACACGUGAUACCUUCACCACCGCAUUGGACUUCGACGUUGGGCCAAUUGGGUGGCGUCUUACAGCUUGGUGAUCCCGACGUGAUACGUCAUAGGCUGGGACGAGUGACGUGUACACCAGAAAGAGUGACGAGUACUCCAGAACGAGUGUCCCCGGCGCGAGGGAGUGACGUCAUACCAGCGCGACAUUCCAUCCAAAGCGAAGUAUUCAUUCCAUUCAUUCAUCGCGGAGUAUGAGGUUUGAUCUUCCACUUCUCUGUCUUCAGCUGUGUUGGGUGGUCACAGCGAUCCCAUGGCGACCGGACACAAGGAAGGUGACAGGCCCCACCUGCAUCAACUUGGGCCAAAGGGUAUUACUUGCACACACCCUGAAAUGUGGGAGAUGGGUCUGGAGGUAUAGCAAGGGGCCAUCCACAUCUUAUAUCACAAUUCCGCCUAGAGAAGUAGUUACAUGGCCUCCCGGUUUAACAUCGGAACCAAAUUGCGCAACAAAAAUCUGCUGUAAAAUAGGUUCCAACCAUCCUCCCAUAUUGAACAUUUCAGGAGACACCCCGGCACGCAUAUAUUCACACAAUAUAACAGCCUGGUAUCAACUUAAACUUGAACCAGGAGCAAAAGUUGGGGGUUUGCGCACCCUGUAUGAGAAAAUUAACAAUGGUCUAGAUCCUAAAAUUUGUUAUUUUGUGAAAGAUCUAGAGCCUGCCGUAUACAGGUGCACACAUACUGAAACAAUCAACAGCACACAUAUGAGUUUUGUAGAUUACAAGUUCAACAUCACUUCAUAUGUACCGGAUGAUAAUGAUCCAAAAACUUUUAUUUGGACUAGCCGAAAAGAAGGAACAUAUUGUGUGGGCAAAUGUGAACCUGAUGUAAAUAGUUAUACUAGCCCACAAAAUUGUACGUGGACUUUAAAGCAUUGUUUUAAUCUAACCACUUGUGGGUAUAGUAAACCCAAGCAAUGUCCAAAAUUAUAUCCAAUCCCUCCUGGUGGUUUUAUUAAGGGAAAUAUUAACAAGACUUUGCUACAUGAUGUUAAUUUGGUAAUGACUCACGUAACAUAUAAUAUUUCUAAUAUUUUAUCUGCUUAUGUGAAACAUUGUAGUGCUGAUGAUAAAACAUACGCAUGGCUACAGUCACGAAUCGAUGAUUUAAUCUCUGAUUACAAAAGUAGACUUGCAGUCCAGAUUCCAACUGUACGCUCUAAACGAGACCUGCUUGGAAAUAUAGCAGGUCUUUUUGGCUCAGCUAAUUCACUUGCCAACACGUAUAAAAUAACUGGACAAUCACAAUUUUCAGCAUGGUUGGCGAACCAGGUGGCCACUGGUUUUCAGCAUCUCACCAAUAGUAAUGAGAAAAUUAUUAAAGCUGUUAGAUCUGAAGCGCAGGCGCUUCUAUUGACCAGCAAUUCAUUGUUCAAUCAGACCCGUACCAUCGAACGUGACUUAGCUUGCAGAUCAUAUGCACAAGAUUUAUUUACUAUGGCUAGACAAGAAAUUUUAGACUUACGUCUUCUCAAAACACCUAGACAUGCUCUAAAGGAUUUAAUAGAAAUUUUAGAUUUACAUAGGUGGGUUACAUCUGAAAAGAUGAAAGAUAUUAAAUAUUCAGAAUUAUUAUCAACAUUAAUGUUAUAUACUGGAAAUGAAUGUACUGGUUGCAUUGGAUUCUUUGCCAAUUUUCCUUUGAUACACCCAGAACAAGUGUUUUUUAAUUCCACUACUAUACGCUCUAUAGGUACAGUAGUGAAGAAUCAGAUUGUUAAAUGGGACCAUCUUACAGGAUAUAUGACUCUAAAGGGAAAUAAGACCUUAUUUACUACUCGCACCUGUUGUCAUGAAACUGCAAGUUAUGUGAUUUGUACAUGCAAUACUUUACAACCAUUUUCUCCUAAUGAUACUAAGCUCAUCAGUGUUCAGUCAUUACAUGGGCAUGCUGAUGCAAUACAGGUGUCACACACACAGUGGUGUGUGAUCAGUGAGAUGAAUUCCUUCACCUAUGGAGGUCUGACCUGUCCUGCAAACCAUAGCUUUUGUCUUGAGGUAACAGAGGAUUUUACAAUGGGUCAGAUAAAUAUCUUGGGAAGGAUUCCACUAGACAUCGAUGUCUCUCCCUGGUGGGAGGACACAUUCUACGAACACAGCACACAGUCAUUGACUGACACCAUGAAUUUGGUGCAACAGAUGAUUCAACAGACUGAGUAUCAUCUCAACCAGGCUCAGGUAGAAACAAACCUGGCCAAAGGAACAGCGAAAAUUUUGUCAAGUUCAUCUAUUCGGUCUGCACAGUAUGUAUACACUUGGUGGGACUGGAUGUUUCGUGGGUGUGUGAUUGGCAGUGGACUUGUGUUUAUGUUCUCUUUGCUUCAAUGCUGGUAUUUCAGAUCAACAAUUCGCUCUUUACGGACAUCUGCCAAUGCUGCUAUCACCCUAAGUCCCCUACAAGUGCCCGCCAUACAGAGACUGUUACAAUAAUUAAAAACGCACAAGGAUUUGAAUGACCAGUAAAUGGCCCCUAGGGACUAUUCUGAGAUUGCCCCAAAGGGCCAGGGAAGGACUGUAAUACUGGAUUAUAAUUCAUCAACUAAGUUUAUUCAUGAAGAGACACUGUAAAACAAUUAAACCUCAGGUGGUGUUGUUAACCCGAUAAACUAAGUUUAUUUAUGAAAAGACACUGUAAAACAAUUAAACCUCAGGGGGUGUUGUUAACUUAAAUUUGACCCGUAGAUGAAAGAGGUCUUCAGAUAUACAACUCUUUGAUGUGUUAAUCUAUUCAUCACAAAGGUUUUUGAACUGGUAGCCUUUAUGCUCACAUCACUGAGUAUCUGCUGAAAUGUAAUGUAUACAUAUUAUGUGGUUCUAAGAUUGUGUUUUACAUACAUAUUCAUGUGAAAUAUUAUUUUAAAGGUCAUGGUGCGAUGAGUAAAAAGGUCUCAUUUCUAUAUAUCUAAAAUAAGAUGGUUCAAGGGUUUAGAUAGAAGACGCAUUUCUUUGAGAGGUGGGGUUUUUGCCAGGACACCUCUGGCUAUUUUGACCAGAUGUUCUUUAGGAUCAUUUGGUGCAGGUCAAACUGUAGUUUUUUACGAUGUCUUUGUUCUGGGCAGUAUUUAAAGUACAUUGGCAAGGGAUUCAAGGAAGCAUUCUGUAGUCAGAUCUUCCCACACUGCUGUGUGUCUUGAGUUGCCAGGUAUGAUUUUAUUUUAUAUGUAAUGUUUAUUUUUCUAUGCUGAUCUUUUAGUAAAUAUUGUGAUAUAUUUGUAAUUGAUUGAUUUGUGCUGAUCUUUUAGUAAAUGUUUUGAUAUUUGAAUAACCAAUUGAUUGAUUUAAAUGUAGCCUACCUGGCAAAAUAAAUUGUUAAUCUUUAUUCAUUCUAAAACUUGUCAAAUCUUUAUUACAUUUUCAGGGUUUAAGUUAAAUGUAUUGAAGGGGACAUAGAUUAGGAGAAUUGCCUCUAUUGAAAAUAUUACUGGAGUAAUUGCCUCCCCGUUUUAAGGUUAGAUGGAGUAACCUCAACCUAAAACAUAGAUGGAUCCUCUUAUUUUCAAUGUGUUUGGAGAAACCUCUAACUUUAACUUAAGUUAGAAGGAGAAUGCCUCUAUGCCCAGCUGUAUGGAACUGCCUUAGCACCUUCAGAAUUACACCUUAUUCCCUAUGUGAAUAUAAUUCAUUCUAAAUAAAUAUAAUAAUAAUUUUAUAAAUUAUGAUCAGCAUCAGAAUAGUAUUGGUAACUUAUAAAUUGGAGUCAGAUUAGAAUUUAACCGCAGAGGUCAAAGAAACAAAUUAAAUAAAUGGAAUUAUUCUUCUAGAAGCGCUACGGAAGGAAAGAACACGUGAUACCUUCACCACCGCAUUGGACUUCGACGUUGGGCCAAUUGGGUGGCGU